AUGUUGACCGUCCGCCCGUCUCUUUCUGCCCUGGUGGCACUUUUCUUUGCCCUUUCCGUCUUGUUCGGAGCAGCUGUCGAGGGUGCGCCCCAGCGCCAGAGGAACAGAAACGGCGGAAACAGGAACGGCGGAAAUCGGAAUAAUAACGGCAACGGGAAUGGCGCAACUGAACUGACCUCGCAAGAGCGCGCAGCUCAAAUCCCCGACGGCAUUUCGGAGGCGACUGACGGCUCUACGAUCCUUGACCAGACGGUCACGGUCAAUGGCCUCGAUCUCCGCUUCAAGAUCAGCGGCCCCGCCAACCAAUUCACCACCGCUUCCGGUGUCGACGGUGGCGCUCAAGCCCCGGGCACCCAGGGUACUCUCGGCCUCAACGUCCUCCUGCACGGAGACGGAGGCCAAUCCUUCUUCGACUUCCCCAACCAAGCCAUCCAGCAGAACUUGGCCGGAGUGGUCGUCCUUGCCCCGGACCCGAACCUAUUCUGGGGCGGCGGCUCCGGUCUGGACCGCACCAACGGCGUGGCGCACGCCCAGGCCGUCAACGACCUCAUCCUCGAAGUCCUCCCCCAGGUCAUGGCUUUCGACCCUUCCAACGUCUUCUUCACCGGUGUCUCGGGAGGCGCGCUCCUCCUCUCGGGUUUCUUCAUCCCCCAGCACAUGGCGAACUUCCCCGGCACCGGUGUCCUGCUCAACUGCGCCGCCAUGGCGCCCCAGGUCAAUUUCGUCAACGGCAACGCCGUCGCCCAAUCGACCCGCAUCCACUUCCAGAGCACCACCAACGAGCUCGAGCUCUUGCAGGGAUCCAUUCCCGAGUCCAUCGUCGCCUACGAGCAGUUGGCCGUCGACGCCGGCCUGAGCAACGCCCAGAUCAACGCCCUGCAGACCGUCGACAACUCGCCCAACGGCGGGCACUGCGAGUUCGACGAGCAGGGCUUCGUCAGCGGCAUCCAGCUCAUGGCGGAUAACUUCGCCACCAUCAUGCAAGGGGCAACGGCAACGUCCGCGGCAUUGGAAACGUGCUGA